AUGCGUAUGAAUCCAGACAUGGACGAUGAUGAGAAGGGAAAACUGUUCGUCGGUGGUCUGUCAUGGGAGACGUCUCAGGAGAACUUGCAGCGGUACUUCUCGCGGUACGGUGAUGUCAUCGACUGUGUGGUGAUGAAGAACAGCGAGUCAGGUCGGUCUAGGGGCUUUGGCUUCGUGACCUUCGCUGAGCCAGCGCUUGUCAACGUCGUGUUGCAGAAUGGGCCCCAUCAACUUGAUGGCAGGACUAUUGAUCCGAAGCCGUGCAACCCUCGCACGCUGCAAAAACCGAAGCGCGGUGGCGGAUACCCCAAGGUUUUCCUCGGUGGUCUGCCGUCCAACGUCACCGAGACUGACUUGCGCGUGUUCUUCGGACGUUACGGCAAGGUCAUGGAAGUGGUCAUCAUGUACGACCAAGAAAAGAAGAAGUCGAGAGGAUUUGGCUUCCUGUCGUUCGAGGACGAGAUUUCUGUUGAGAGAGUCACCCAGGAGCAUUUCAUUAAUCUUAAUGGAAAACAGGUGGAGAUUAAGCGUGCGGAGCCCCGUGACGGGUCCGGCAAGCUGGGCUCGGGUGCAGGCGGCAUGGGCGGCGGCGCCCUCAGCGCGCCCGGCGACGCGCCGCAGGCCGGCCAGUGGGGGCCGCCCGCCGCCGCGCCCAUCAACAUGAUCCAGGGCCACAACGGCCAGAUGGGCGGCCCGCCCAUCAACAUGCCCAUGGCCGGCCCUAACAUCAUGCAAGGGUACCAGGGCUGGGGCACGUCCCCCGGACAGACGUCGUACGCCGGGUACGGCGCGGCAGGCGCGGGCGCGGGCCCGGGCAACUACCAGGGCUGGGGCGCGCCCCCCGCGCCGCAGGCCCCGCCGCACGCGCCGGCCUGGCCCGCCACCAACAACUACACGCAGCACACGCAGCCGCCCGCGCAGGGCUACGGCAGCUACGCUAACUACAGCUCGGCGCCGGCGGGCGCGUCGGCUGGCGGUAGCUGGACCAACUGGAAUAUGCCUCAGAACUCCAACUCUACCGGCUCCGGUUCGUACGUGCCGCUGUCGGAGGGCGGCGAGAUGUACGGGCGCGGCGCGGGCGCGGGCGGCGGGGCGCAGGCGCCCGCGCUCACCGGCGCGCUCUCCUCGGCCGCGCUGUCCAAGUCCUCCUCCGCGGACUACUCCACCUACCAGCAGUACCCGCCCGCCUACCAGCAGGACCAGGGCUCGUCGUACGGCGGGGGCGCGUCGCGCGCCUACCAGGGCGCGGCCGACUACCACGCCUCGGCGCCCGCCGCGCAGCCGCCAGGUGUGCACGCGCAUCCGCAUCACGCGCCCAAACACUUCAACGCCAACGAGUUUAACAAGGAGUGGCCCGCCGCGUAG